AGGGGGAAGAAGCGGAGGUGGAGGGGGAAGAGCCGCCGGCGGCCGCGAGAACAGCGGCGAGGAGAGGCGAGCCCCCCGCGCCGAUUCACACGGAGAACUGCUCUUGAGGAGAGAUCCAUUUGUUGGGAUGUAAUAAAAAAAAAAGAAUGAAUCAAGAUAAAACCUCUAAAUGCAAGUACCAGAACAAUUACAACACAUCUCAGUGAAUUUGCAGGUGGUUCAUCUUUCCUUGUGGGUUGGCAGGCAGUCAUAGGACUGCAAAAUGGGUCUCCGGAUUCACUUUGUUGUUGACCCACAUGGUUGGUGCUGCAUGGGUUUGAUUGUCUUUGUCUGGUUAUACAACUUUGUUUUAAUUCCCAAAAUUGUCCUCUUUCCUCACUAUGAAGAAGGACAUAUUCCAGGCAUAUUAAUAAUAAUAUUCUAUGGCAUUGCCAUAUUUUGUCUGGUUGCCUUAGUGAGGGCCUCAAUAACUGAUCCAGGAAGACUCCCUGAGAACCCAAAGAUCCCACAUGGAGAAAGGGAGUUCUGGGAAUUGUGUAACAAGUGUAAUUUGAUGAGACCAAAGCGCUCCCAUCACUGCAGCCGCUGUGGCCACUGUGUUAGGAGAAUGGAUCAUCACUGUCCAUGGAUUAACAAUUGUGUUGGUGAAGAUAAUCAUUGGCUUUUUCUGCAGUUGUGUUUCUACACUGAACUUCUUACUUGCUACGCACUGAUGUUUUCUUUCUUCCACUAUUAUUACUUUCUUCCACUAAAAAAGCGUAACUUGGACCUCUUUGUUGUUAGACAUGAAUUGGCCAUAAUGAGACUAGCUGCCUUUAUGGGCGUUACAAUGUUAGUUGGAAUAACUGGACUCUUUUAUACUCAACUAAUUGGCAUCAUCACAGAUACAACAUCUAUUGAAAAGAUGUCAAACUGUUGUGAAGAAAUAUCGAGGCCCCGAAAGCCAUGGCAGCAGACCUUCUCAGAAGUUUUUGGCACUCGUUGGAAGAUCCUGUGGUUUAUUCCUUUCAGGCAGAGGCAACCACUGCGAGUUCCCUACCACUUUGCCAAUCACGUCUAAACAGAUGGAUGGUGGGCACAGAUGGGUCCCCCAUGCUGGAAAUGCGUUACAGGUUUUCUGAUAAUAGAACUAUGACAGUCUUCAAGUCAAUUAAAAUCCACCCACCAAUCUUAGGCAUCAUAAUGUGCCCCAGGCUUUAUUUUAAUAGUGAUCUUGAUCCUGUUGUGGGACUAAUCCAUGAUCUAUAUUUAAGUUUUAAAGCAUGUUUACUUUCAAAUUAGCUUUCCACAGGGAUUUCUUUAAAUGCUUUUGUUAUUAAACUCAAAAGGCAGUGAUUGGGAUGAA